AUGGCUUUCUCCCGUGGCUGGGCUGCCUUGACGAUCGUCCUAGCGGCCGCAGAUCCCAUACCUCCAACAGCCCCAGGUUGCGAUGCUGGCUCGGAUGUCUCAGGGUUGCUUCAGCACCAGAAGAGUCCUCCUUCCUCUUUGGCGCUGUCCAAGGGUGGCAAGCCUGAAAACAUCGGUGACUACCCUGACCCUGACUCUUUGACCCGUCCUUUGGACCCGUCCAAGGUUGGCAAGCCUGGAAACAUCGGUGACUACCCUGACCCUUACGGCAAGCCUGAAAACAUCGGUGACUACCCUGACCCUUACGGCAAGCCUGGAAACAUCGGUGACUACCCUGACCCUUACGGCAAGCCUGAAAACAUCGGUGACUACCCUGACCCUUACUCUUUGACCCGUCCUUUGGACCCGUCCAAGGUUGGCAAGCCUGGAAACAUCGGUGACUACCCUGACCCUUACUCUUUGACCCGUCCUUUGGACCCGUCCAAGGUUGGCAAGCCUGAAAACAUCGGUGACUACCCUGACCCUUACUCUUUGACCCGUCCUUUGGACCCGUCCAAGGUUGGCAAGCCUGGAAACAUCGGUGACUACCCUGACCCUUACUCUUUGACCCGUCCUUUGGACCCGUCCAAGGUUGGCAAGCCUGGAAACAUCGGUGACUACCCUGACCCUUACUCUUUGACCCGUCCUUUGGACCCGUCCAAGGUUGGCAAGCCUGGAAACAAGGGUGGCAAGCCCGAAGACAUUGGUGGCUCCUCCGACAAGUACGAUCGCAGCGACAAAUACGAUCGAAGUGGCCCCUACGACAAAUACGGCCCUUACGAUUUGGAUCCGCCCAAGAGCUCCGACGACAAAUACUCCUCGGAUGGUUACCGCCCUUCCGAGGGCUCCGACGACAAACACUCUUCGGAUGCCCUUGGCCGUUACGGCCCUUCCGAUUUGGAUCCGCCCAAGGGCUCCGACGGCAAACACUCUUCGGAUGCCCUUGGCCAUUACGGCCCUUACGAUUUGGAUCCGCCCAAGGGCUCCGACGACAAACACUCUUCGGAUGCCCUUGGCCGCUACGGCCCUUACGAUUUGGAUCCGCCCGAGGGCUCCGACGGCAAACACUCUUCGGAUGCCCUUGGCCGUUACGGCCCUUACGCAAUGGAUCCGCCCGAGGGCUCCGACGGCAAACGCUCUUCGGAUGCCCUUGGCCGUUACGGCCCUUACGAUUUGGAUCCGCCCGAGAGACCGGUGGUUUCUACGACCCUUACUAUUCGGAGCCGUCCAAAAGGUGGCAAGACCGAAGACAUCGGUGAUCAUGAUGGCUAUGAUGUGCAUGGCCAGGUGGAUCUAGGCAAGCCUGGACAGGUCGGCGGACAUGGUCGGGUAGAUCCGUAUUCCAAGGGCAAGCCUGAGAACGUCGGGGGUCAUGGCCAAGUGGAUCCAUUUUCCGGGGACAAGCCUGGACACGUCGGUGGACACGGCUACGUGGAUGCAUAUUCCAAGGGCAAGCCUGAAAACGUCGGUGGACAUGGCCAGGUAGAUCCGUUUUCCAAGAGCAAGGCUGAGAACAUCGGGGGUCAUGGCCCUUGA